GUUGUCACAUUUUGUUUUUGCUCACAAAAGUCGGCAAGAAAACGUGUAACGUUAAGCUACCGAGUGGCGGAUAAAGUGACAUCUUAUUUUGACUUCCUGCUCUGUCCCUGCCAUUUCUACUUUGCCAAGCCUGAGAAGAAAUCUCCGACAUGGACAGCAACAGAAAGAAGUUGGCGUUUAAGUGGAUACGAACUGCAGCUACCCCACCUGCACAUCCUCAGGAGAGAGAUGCUGGGUCAGGCACAUCCUCUCGCUGGAAUAUGUCGCCAUAUGAAGAUUCAGAUUCUGUGCCUCUCAGUGACUCUCCAGGACCUGACGGUCUUGGAGCACUGAGUCUGGACACUCCCAAGAGAAAAGCAGUGGAACUCGGUGAAAGCAUGCCCUCUUCAGGCAAACGUAAGCUGAGGAAGCUUUCCAGGAGAAAUAAUGAACAUUUCAAGACUUCAGAAGAGAAACAUAUGGACGAAUCACCCAGACAGCUGGAAUCUACAGAGAGCCAGCAAGUGUCCUCACCUUCACCUCAAACUUUCGGCAUGAAAAAAAAAGAGAGGACACCUGAAGAGGUAUCAAAGGCUAUCUGCAGGAGGGCACUGAUCGCAGCCAUUGGCAGCACAAGCACUACAGAUAUCCACAGGACUAGCCUGUCUUUGUCUUCACCAGUGAGGACUGAAGCACCUAGUCCAGUGGCACUUGACAGAGCGGUCACAAAUUUCAAAUGUUCCUCAAUCAAACCUGAGAAUAAAUCUGAUGAUAACAGCACUGCCCAGGAAGGACAGUGGGACAACAGCACGUCCUCCCUCCAGAUGUUUGAGGACACUGAAGGCCAAGUUGAGGUCUCGAGGCUCAAAACAGACAGAAGAUGUGUUGUGCUAAAAGGAGAAGAUUCGCCCAAGAGUUUUAUAGCUCCAGACCCCGUGUUUGUAGAAACAACCUCUCAAGACAAGUUAUUUGCUACAGAAAAUGGACCAGAAGCCGAGGACUGUGACUUUUCUUUCCCUGAACUGGAGUAUAUCCCAGAGUCUCCGUCUUGUUUCAUGACUCCUCAGAGUGGCUCUUUUGACAGCCAACAAUGGAGGAGUCCUUCAGUGAGUACGCAGGGAGCUACAACUUCCUCUUCUACCUUUUUAUACACUACUGAAACCACUGGGUCUGUCCAGGCAGCUGCUGAGGACCUGGAGGUGUCUUUCUCACUGCCACAGAGGACAGUUUUUGUCUCAGCCAAGCAACCCCACCCAUCAAACACGGCCCCUUCAAAGGCAUCCAGGGCUGAGACUGGAAGUUUCCGCUCGCCCAACAUUAGGGCGCAUUUAACGGAUCCCUUUGCUCUGCCACUACACUCAAACAGAAAAGCAUUGAACCCUCACAUAAACUCCAGAACAUCACGCAGGCGGUCAGAUGUUGUCUCCUCCACGCGUCACCCCUCCCACCCCUUUACUCACGGUGGCACUCCUAAAAGAAGAUUAUCCCAGGGGGCAGAGCCUAUGUGGACCAGUUAUCCCAAACAGGACAGUCAGGUUGGCUUCAUAGACUCCCACUGCCACAUAGACAUGCUCUAUGGCAAGCUUGGCUUCUGCGGGACGUUCAAAAGCUUUCAAAGGAAGUACCAAAGCAGCUUCCCUCCAGAGUUCAGAGGCUGUAUCGCCAGCUUUUGCAACCCGAGGCUCAUGAUGACGGAGGCCCUGUGGGAAGGUUUGCUGGCUGAAGACAUGGUGUGGGGGGCAUUUGGCUGCCACCCCCACUUUGCCAAGUACUACACAAGUGUCCAUGAACGCAAUAUACUGAUGGCCAUGCAGCAUCCAAAAGCUGUGGCAUUUGGCGAGAUUGGCCUGGACUACUCCCACAAAAACUCCACUGACACCCCCAAGCAAAAAGAGGUGUUGGAGCGUCAGCUGCGUUUGGCUGUGGGCAUGAAGAAGCCUCUGGUGAUCCACUGUAGGGAUGCAGAUGAUGACCUGCUAGAAAUCAUGAAGAAGUGUGUCCCAAGGGAUUACAAAAUUCACAGGCACUGUUUCACAAACAGUUAUCCAGUGAUUGAGCCCUUCCUGACAGAGUUCCCCAACUUGUAUGUGGGUUUCACAGCCCUCAUCACCUACCACAAGGCCACCGAGGCCCGAGAUGCUGUCCGCCGCAUCCCUCUCGAUCGCAUCGUGUUGGAGACAGAUGCACCAUAUUUUCUGCCAAGACAGGUGAAGAAAGAUGUCUGCCAGUUUUCACACCCUGGAAUGGGCAUCCACACGCUGCGUGAGCUGAGCCUGCUGAAGGGGAAAGACAUGGCCACAGUGCUCACCGCCGUCCGAAACAACACCAGUCAACUCUACGGUAUAUGAUCUUCAGAGAUGGGGGUAAAAGUCGCAAAAAAAAAAAAAAAAAGAGGUGACAGAAUCAAAGGUUUUGGAGCUGGUUUGUGACUUUAACAUUUUAUGUGGCUUUUUGUUUUAGAUUUAUCAGUCCUCCAUGUAGAGCUGUAGGAAUAUGGAGGAGUGGUCUUGUUUUAUCUGAAAGACUCAGAAAUAAAAGGCAAAAUAAAGCAAUGACCGAAAGUAAAAUGUCCCGUCUGAUAGAGAUACUCUGUAUUAUUGAUUAUCUGAUCAUAUUUCACUUCAUUGUUCAUCAAAGAAAUUAAUUCCUGAGCAUUUUUGGUUUUAAGUUCUUGUUGUUUUUGUUGUGUUGACAUAAUUUGACAUCCCUUGUUUGUUAUAAUUUGUUUGGAUGUCCGU